AAUCUAAAUAAAUUGACCACUUUCAAUAUUUUUCUCACAAAUCUUUGUUCUCUUUUCUCUAUUCCUUUGUCACAAAAUUUUCUUCACAAAUUUUUCAAUUACUUGAUUAAAUUAAUGGAGGCACAACAACAAAAUAAAAGAAGACGUGUUUACUCUAUGGAACCAAACAAAAUAGUGCAAUCUAUUUUUGCUAGAAACUAUUUAAGCUAUUUAGUUUCAGCAUUGAUGAAGAUAAAGGAAAAUACUAGUUCUUCAAAAGAUCAUAAUGAUAUUUGCAAAAAUGUUAAGUAUGAAGUGGAAAUGGCAAUGGUUUUGUCAGCACAAGGUUUUGCAUGGAGUAAUGGUCUUAAAGUCAAGCUUCAAAGGGAACAUAUCAACAAUGUAGCUACAACUGAGGGUGAUAAUAAUAAGUUUGAGUCUUACAAUUUGGGAAUGGAAAAGGAUUUAGUUAGAGAAGAUAAAGAAGAUGAGGAGAAGAUGAAGAACUUGAUGAGUUUGAUACCUGGUGGAGAAGAAAUUUGUGAUGAACAAGUUGUUAAUGAAUUAGAAAGUUAUAUAAAAUGUUUGCAUAUGCAGGUGAAUGUUCUUCAAUGUUUGAUUGCAGAGACAUGUUGAUUGAUUUAUAUUUUAUAUUAGUAUUAAUUAUGUACUCUUAAUUAA